UAGAUCAGCCAAACUCCGGCCGGGAGACUUGCGAGUAGAAGCAUAAGUCAACAUCAUGUGUUCUAAUUUAACUUCACUAUGUCGAAAGUUACGAUGAAGAAGUAUUACUGCUGCAAAUGUUUUUUGACGGAUAACAUUUAUAUAUCAGAGUAUGACAUCCACGUAACAUAUCACUGCGAUGACCAAUUUCUGGAAACUUGGCAAAAGAAGUUACAAAGACGAGGAUGCAGUGGUGAUAAAUUUACAGAGAUUUUACAAAAGGUCAAGUCUGAAGUGGAGAGGAGACAGAAUCUCGGAGCUCAAAGUCUUAUAAGGAGAGACCUUAUCUCAGCCAAUUACACACCCCUUCAUCCACAUGUAUACAACAUCCAGAAGAAUUAUUUUUCACCUGUGUUUCUGUCCAUCGUUGAUGCCUGCAAAAGUGGAAGAGUAAAUGUUGAGAGCCUGAUGAAUAUGCUACAUCAAGAACAUGCGGAACAGGUGUUUUCCUUUCCACUCUUCACUCAGCAGUUCUGCCAAGAUUUUAUUGAGGAAAUUUGUCAUUUUGAGAGCACAGACUUGCCCAAGGGAAGACCAAACACGAUGAACAAUUACGGGGUGUUGUUGGAUGAUCUAGGCUUCGGUGAUCAGUUUGUUACCCCGCUAAUCCAAGAGUACCUUACGCCCAUUACAAAACUCCUGUACCCAGACUGUGGAGGUGCAUCAUUAGACUCGCAUAAAGCCUUUGUCGUCAAGUACAAGCUUGGUGAGGACUUGUCUCUGGCCUAUCACUAUGACAACGCAGAGGUCACUUUGAAUGUGUCACUUGGGAAGGAGUUCAGUGACGGGUCAUUGUACUUCGGAGACAUGAGAUGGGUGCCCCCUCAAGAGACCGCAUGUACAGAAUCCACACACAAGCCGACCUUUGCCCUUCUACACAGAGGUCAACAUAAACAUGGUGCCCUCCCUAUCCGCAGUGGUGAACGGUAUAAUUUGAUUAUCUGGAUGCGUUCUUCAGUUGUCAGGAAUCGGUGCUGUCCGAUGUGUGAUGAGGCCCCUCAGUUAAUGGAGACAGUUGGUUAUGGUGAUGGUUUAACUGUGGAUCACACCCGGGAGGAUGAAAUGGUCAAUGUGUGUGCUGCAUUGUGAUGUUGGGAUGCUUAGGGAUAAGAUUGUUCAAACUUUUGGCUGAAUUCAGACUUUUAUGUCGGCCUGGUGAAGAAAUUCAGACAAUAUUUUUUCCCACAAAUAAAGAA